ACCAGCACCAGUCGCUUUAUUACGACACAGUUAUAUUUUGUGCGUAAAUCCACUCCAAAGAGAUCGAAUUUCGUAGUCUUCCAUCGGAAAUUCAAAAACUCACAAAAUCUGUGAUGCGCGCGCAUGGCACCCCCACCAGAUGCCAGCACAUCCGACUUUCCAACACAAUUGCAAAGAAAAAAAAAAUGAAGAAAAAGCCAUCCGUGUGUUGCAUCCUCUCGUAUAAUAUAUCUCUCAGGGGGAGCCGAGGGCCGAGGGCGCUUCAACGUUAAACCGUGAAACAAAACGUCGUUAAAAUUUCAGAUUCAGUUCAUCUCCCCAAUAGCGUGUGUCCACCCGAGCAGAGUCCCCAGGACACCAGCAAGAUCUUAUCGAGUUUUUUUUAAAAUCCCAAGGAAUAGCCAAUUGACACAAAGCUAGUUCUCCAAGAAAUGUGGUGAUGCGGUGACGAUGGGUGCAACGAGUACCCCCCUGAGUAAUUGAAAUUAAUUGAGGAUCAGACAAUCUUCGGAGGACGGUAGAAAUUUUUCACUCCCUCAAACUGUUCUGCCUGACACAGCCCCAGGUGAAACAGUUUUUCGUGUCUGAUGAGAAACUCCAUUGAAUAUUUGGUGGUAAGAUGGCUGUGCAGUUGGACGGCGGGGGGAAAGAGGACUUGAAAACACAAUUUGUAACCCGCGAGGGUACAUACAGACUCAUGACACUUUCUGAAUACUCAAGGCCAAAUAGAGUUGGUAACACGGAUACAAGGGGUAGUGCAUCAGUCAGAGUGUCAUUUGUUACAUUACCAGAUUCAGCCGAUCCCAAUGGUACACUGGGUCUUGGUGAUCGAAUGUGUUUCAAUUUUGGAAAAGAAUUGUAUGUUUAUGUUUAUCGUGGGAUAAAAAAGCCGGUGGACCUGAAUAAACCGGUGGACAAGAAGCUGUACAAGGGGACGAAUCCAACGUGUCACAAUUUUAAUCAGACCACAGCAACUGCUGAGAUAGCACCACUCCUCGUUGGCUUUUCAACUGGUCAGAUACAAUUGGUCGAUCCUAUCAAGAAGCAGUUGAAUAAAUUGUACAAUGAAGAGAGGCUGAUAGAUAAGACAAAAGUGACGUGCAUAAAGUGGGUGCCAGGCUCGAGAAAUCUCUUCCUGGUGUCCCACAGUUCUGGUCAGCUGUACCUCUACAACUUCGAGUUGCCCUGUGGUACAAUGCCCCCUCACUACCAACCCUUCAAAUCGGGAGAUGGUUUUGCAAUUCACACGUGUAAAACAAAGUCGACGAGAAAUCCCCUGUACAGAUGGGUAAUUGGUGUUGAGGGCUGCUGCAUCAACGAAUUCGCCUUCAGUCCGUGUGGGGCAAACCUAGCUGUCGUCUCCCAGGAUGGAUUCCUCCGAGUAUUUCAUUACGACACAAUGGAGUUGGUGGGUUCAGCGAGGAGCUACUUCGGUGGUUUUUUGUGUGUCUGUUGGUCACCAGACGGUCGUUACGUAGUGGUGGGAGGUGAAGACGAUCUGGUGACAAUCUGGAGCUUCAACGAGAAACGAGUUGUAGCGAGGGGCCAGGGGCACCACAGUUGGGUCAGUGUUGUGGCAUUCGAUCCCUUCACCACGUCUUACGGCGAGCCUGAUCCCGAUUUUAGUGGGUCUGAUGACGAGGCCAUAACUCACAUCAAUCACACCAAUCACUAUCACGAGAAGAGCAAGAGGACGUCGACAGCCUCGCAGGGUUUGAAUUCCAACAGAAACUCUUGUGGCUCUGAGCUGAGAGUACCUGGAGGCACUUGUUACAGAUUAGGAAGUGUAUCUGAGGACACACAAUUAUGCCUGUGGGACAUCACUGAAGAUGUUCUCAGGCAGCCAGUUUGUGCCAAGCAGAGGGCCUCCACUGCUGGAUCUGGAAGCUUUACAUCAUCAGGGAAUUUCAACAGUGGCAAUGGCUCUACGUCAAAUCACAUCAAUAGCAAACACAAUAACAUGAACAACAUCUCCAAGGACGAGAGAAAUGACACAACAGCUAGUGUUGCUGUGUCAACCGUUAAUUCAUUAACACAGAGAUUUGCUGGUCUUGGUUUUGGUGAUAGAAAGGGUGAUAAUCAUAAGAGAAACUUUAGCUUACCAUUGAAAAGUACAAGUACGAGUAAUAGUAAUGUACAAGUGCAAAAUAGUGGUGAAAAAUCAACGACUAAUGGAAGUAAUAUGAGUAGUGUCAGUGGUGGUUACGGUGGUAAAAAAGUUAGUUCUGUGAUGGAUGAUCCAAUGAGAUUAAUUGGUACAGCUUGGUGUCCAAGAUUUGAUGAGUGUCCUGUACUUGAGCCACUUGUUUGCAAAAAAUUGGCACAGGAGAGACUGACUGAAUUAGUUUUUAGGGAGGAUUGCUUCGUUACUGCUUGUCAAGAUGGAUAUGUUUAUACUUGGGCAAGACCUGGGCACAUGGUAGGUCCUCUUACUAUAAGCAGCACACUGCACAGGCCACAUCACCAUAGUAACGUACACACUAAUAUCAAUUCUAUGCGGCUUAAUGAUCUCUGAUGGACAAUUUAUCCAGGGCUUUCUCCACCGGUUAUUCAGUCUUUCCAACGAUAACUUCAUUUUUUUUUUAUUGUCUUUCUGUUAUCCUCCAAUAUUUCGGGCAAAAACAAUUGCUAGGGGAUUAUUCAAACUCAAAAUGCAAUAGAUACAAAAUUGCAAGUAAAUGAUUCAUCUCUAGGAAAAUGUCGACAGUCUUUGAAGUUUUUUCUACUAACUAUUUUUACAGAAUGCUUUUCAUUAAUAUUGAAGAAUAAGGGAAUUUUCAUUGGGGGAAAGUAAUUCAUGUACUAUUCAUUUGCUGAUUAAUUAUUGCAGUUAUGUCUUAAUGUGGACGUAAAUUUCUGUGGGAAAAGGGUUAGAAAAAAAGGCAAAUGAUGAAUAUUCGAAGCGAUAAAAAUGACAAAAAAAACUAGAUAACGUUGGGGAGAUAAUUCAGCCGGGCCUUAAUGACUUUAAUUGAAGGAGGGUGUGUACUCGAGGUAUAGCUGAGACUUCGGCUCGUUUUUACUUUGCACUUGUUUUUUAAGUGGGAAUUAUUUUACUGAGCAGCGAGAUAUCUAUAACAAACUGUGUAUUGAAUUUUAUUCAAUUGUCCGAGGUUUUCUUUGGAUUUGAAGUGAAUUUUUGAAUUUGGCGAAUAUUUGUAAUAAUAAUUUUUAUGCACGAGGUAAUUUGAUCGUGAGCUGGCAAUUUAUCGUGAUUAGUUUUUUCUCGAGAAGCUGUUCUUUGUUGAGAUAGAGGUUGAGGAGCCAGGAUGGAGACUUGAAUUGGUUUUUUUUUCUAAAGUGAAAUUUCAUGGCCCGAAAAAAAGACUUGUUACUUCCAACUUAAAACGAUAAUUAACGAGAUAAAUUGAUGCAAAAAUUUAAUUGAUCAGUUUAUUUAUAAUAAUAGAAUAACCAGAGAAGUCUUUCAAGUUUCCAUUUGCUCACCUCUCCCUAAUACAGUGUUUAAAAAUGUCUGGAUAAUCUGGUGAGAAUUUAUUUACACAUUUCCCACUGAAACGAUUUCCGAGGUAAUUGUACACCUCUAGAAUCGAUUCUUCCGUUUAUAUUUUACCACUUCACUGAAUUAUCCAUUAUUUGAAGGUUUUCCUUAUUUUUCAUGUUAAAAGUAUUAGAUAGACUUCUAGGUAUUUAUCCAAAGUGCGAUAUUGCGUUGGAGAGACACUGCAAGUUUCUUCGUCUCAAUUAUUUUUAAUUAAUAUAUAUUUUUCUGAGAGAAAUUCAUUAAUUAGUGAUGUACGUGGUCGUGUGCCAUUUCUAGGAGACAAGGGGCGGGGGCAUUAGAUGUUCAAUCAUGCUCAUUUAUCCUGGGCUCAUGACCCAUCACUUUAAGAGUACAUCUGCAUUAAAUGCGCUAUUUUGUUCUUUUAGUUGAAUGACUAGGAGAUUUACAUCUGAUUAGCAUUUUAGUUUUCUUUCCCCACCCUUUAUUCUCCUUAUUCGACUUAUCAACAGGGCAGGCCCCUCUAAAUGAAGAGAAGGAAAUGAUCCAGACAUUUUCAAAAUCCCAAACUCUUGCACAGAGUAUUUAGUUUAUAGAGAUUAGAAGAAAUGUAGUGGGAAUGCUAGGAAAUUUGUUCAAUACUAUUAAUUAUAAUACAUCCUCCGCCCCCAUUUAUCAUCCAUCAAUUUGUGACAUUUAAUUCUUUUUGUUAAAAUGAAUUUGCAUUGUUGUAAAAAAUUAAUAAAUCGUGAAAACCAAAAGAAGAAGUUGAGAAGAAUA